UGUUGUAAAGGUCCGCAGAAAAUGACGUUUUUAAAAAUUAGCUUUUCGUAGUACUUGUAUAGCUCGUAAAAAAUGUCGAAUAAUCGUUGACUUUUUGCAGCAAGUAAAGACGAGCAUCGGUAAUUUUCUAAAAACUUCGUGAGGGUUAUGUUUACCACAACUUCAUAAGCAUUAUUGUGUGCUUUACAGAGACAGACUCUCCAAUGGAUCUAAUGGGCCUCGUGCCGAAUUGGGAGUCCGAUCGCGAUAAGCGAAGUCCAAAAAUCGUCCACGACUGUCGAGAACCACCCGACGAAGACGAAGUAGACAAUCUGAUAAAAGGAAACGAUCUUUUCUCUCGAUUCUCCCGAUGGGUCGCUCGAAAGCGAAUUUUGUCCACCAAUCACUACUACGCUCAAGCGUGUUUGAAAAGCAGCACCGCUGUCAAAUUCGAAAUCAGCAGGCACCUGCAGGACUUUCCCUACAUGAUUCAUCCGUUCAGCCCUUUCCGAAUAUUUUGGGACAUAACCAUGACCAUAUUCACACUUGCGGCACUGAUCGCGACUCCCUUCUUGAACGCCUUCUUUUUCAACGAUCAGCUGAGAAGUCUGCCUUUCAUAAUGAUCAUCGACUUCGUCAUGCUGUUUGACGUGAUUCUUCACUUCUUCACGGGAUACUUCGAUUAUCGCACAAAAAUCGUGACCUUAGACCCGAGAAUAGUGUUUACAAAGUACAUUCGAAGUUACUUUAUCUUCGACAUUCUGUCCGGAGUCCCUGCCGAAGUUUUCGACUUCAUGGCUCACGGGGACGAGCACAUCAACUGGUACUGCUCGACUUUCAACUUCGUCAAAAUAUUCAGAGUGAGGAAUCUGAUUUGCUGCAUACGCCAGUUUCACAAAUCGUACCACAUGUCCUUCCAUAAGGUGAAAAUACUGGAGCUGACGAUCAUAAUAAUCAUCAGCAUACACUGGUCCGCCUGUCUCGUCUACUACGUACCUAUGGUAGUGCAAAAGUUCGACGGAUUCGACGACGCAGUAUCGAAGUCGUGGAUACUGAGCGCGAGCAUGAAGAAGCGGAACAGUAGGCUGAAAAAAUACAUUCUAUGCCUGAACCGAGCCACGAUAUCCUUAGUCAGUUCGGAGCACUACUUGGACGUCACGACCGCCGAAGAUAUGAUAAUGAAUUUUCUUCUCGCCGUACUCGGCAAGCUCGGAUUCGUCUAUCUUCUCUCCCAAUUUCUGCAGCUCAUGACUACCUUCCACUCCUCGGCUAAAGAGCGUUUAAGGCUGCUGCAGCAGCUGCAGGAAUACGUGCAGUACAAGGAAUUGCCUCGGGUCACGCAAAAGAGACUGAUGGUCUACUGCAAUUACUGGUACAAGAAAAACUUCAAUAGAGACCGACGCAUACACGCUCAAGUCUCCGAGCCCCUCCGCGAAGAACUGAUUCUCCACAACUACACGAGCCUCUUGGAGAUGGUGGAUCUGUUCAAGUAUUUGCCGCGAGCGGCGAUAGUAGAGCUGGUGAAGUUCAUCAGGACCGAAAUUCACCUGGUCAACGACGUCAUCGUCAAGUCCGGUACUCACGGGGACUGCCUGUUCUUCGUCGGCUCGGGCACAGUGGCCGUCUACACGAGUCUGGGAAAAGAGGUGUGCCAUUUGGAGGACGGAUCCUACUUCGGUGAGAUAGCCCUGGUUAUGGAGAACGAGCAGAGAGUCGCGAGCGUCGUGGCGGUCGAGACCUGCGAGAUUCUGGUCGUCCCACGCGAGGCGUUUCAACAGGUCGUCGCACCUUACCCGAAUCUGCUGAGUCAGCUUCAGAAGGUCGCGCUUGAGAGGCUCGACAAGACGCUGCUUUUGGACGAGAUCUACAAACUGGAGGAUCCGCGUCCGCGUUACAUUAAUAUUAGCAAUAUCAGGGGGAAGCGGAGGGAUUGAGAUUCGCUAUGUGUAAAUUGUACUCAGCUCAAUUGCAAUAUUCGCAUGAAUAUUUGACUGUACACGACCCCGGCAAU